AUGACUGAUGAUAAAACCAGAGCAAAAGCAAUGAAAACUGCGGCUCAGUUUAAAGGAGUCUCGGGCGUGGAAAUAAAGGGAGAUCACAGGAACCAGAUUGAAGUGACAGGUGUUGAAGUCAACAUGAUAUGUCUAACCAACACACUGAGGAAGAAGGUAGCCUUCGCUGAGCUUGUGAGCGUCAACAAAGUUGAACCACCCAAGAAAGAAGACGAGAAAAAGAAGGAUGAGAAGAAAGCCGAUGAGAAGAAAGCAGAUGAAAAGAAAGCAGAUGAGAAGAAAGCCGAUGAGAAAAAAAAGGAGGAGAAAAAGGCAGAGCCAUGUUGUUGUCAUCAAUGUAAUUGUCAACCAUGUUAUCCACCAUGGCCUUACGGAUAUGGUGUGCCAUCUUCCUCUCCCCACCCAUGUGAUCCCUAUGGGUAUAAUUUUAGGGAUUAUUCUGGGUACAACCACGGACCUAGUGGCUGGUUCAUGUGA